ACGAAUGAUUGGCGGAGACGCAGCGCGCGGAAGCGGGAAACGCAAACACGGACGCAUGUCUCGACGCGACGCGUCCGAGGGCGGCUUUAAACAUGUUUUCGCGAUCCUGCGCUCGUUAUAUCCGCGCGUUCAGACUCUGGAGGAGUUCGCAGACGGACUCGUGUUCUCGGACGGACGGAAACCGGCUCUUCUUGAGGAAAAAGACGGCGCGCGUUUUCAAAAACUCGCGGGAGGCCUGAUCAUAUGCGCUCGUGAGCCACCGCAGCAGCUGCGCGAGCCCGCACAGCUCAGCACGCUGCCGGAGGUUUUAGCGUUCACGCUAAACCACAUCAAGCGGAAGAAACUGAGGAACGUGCUGGGAUUCGGCUAUCAGUGCAGCAACGUGGCGGCCUGUUCGGACCCCUUCCGUUUCCACGGCGACGUUUCGCAGACGGCCGCCUCCAUCAGCACCAGCGAGCUGUGGAAGCGGAUCAACCAGCGUCUGGGAACAGAAGUCACGCGAUACCUGCUGCAGGAUUGCGCAAUCUUUGCCACCGUCCCGCCGUCCUGUUUGCUGCAGGUGUGCGGCGAGCCCGUGUACGAUCUUCUGCUGCCGUGCACCUGGUCCGGAUUCUUCCUAGACCACGGCGCGACUGAAACAUUGUACGGCGUGACGCGCAAGACUCCCGUCGGCGUCGCGCGGAAGAAAGUCGCGAGAGAUGAUAAGAAAAUAGUUUCGAAAAAAAAGAGAGCGAGAGAGGAGGAAGUGGACGACAAACGGGAAGAUUGUCCGGUAGUAAAGAAGCGACGGCUUACGAUGGACGAAACCGAUGGUUCGUUAAAUGCGCGAAACCCUGAAAGUCACGGAUCGCGGAGCUGGAAACCAGCGGAUCAGCCUCCUCCGCGACCAUCGCGCUGUUCCAUCCGCGUUUUGAGUAUGCUUUAUGGUGGGCGGGGCUUGAAGGGCUUCCUGCUAAACAGGAAGCUGAAAGCAGGUGUGGGCGGGGCUAGACGGCUGCAGGGGGCGGAUCUCGUGCGCAUCAUUUUCCUCCAAUCGGAGUCCAACGUGUUUGACGGACAGGCCAAGUUUAGGAAGCUUCCCAAGCGUUUCUUCGCAAUGGUUCCCUUGUUCGCUCGGCUCUUGUGGCAGCACAGGAAGUGCCCGUAUGCUCUCUUCCUGCGCAGGAAGUGCUCGGUGAAUCCAGAGACGGAGGAUAUGGAGUCGCUGCUGAAGUCGCACUUGUCGCCUUACAGGGUUUAUCUGUUCGUGAGGGAGUGUUUGCGAUACGUUGUUCCCGAGGAACUCUGGGGAUCCCAGGAAAACCAGCUCCACUUCCUGUCCAACGUGAAGAACUUCCUGCGUCUUGGGAAGUUUGAGCGUCUCCCAUUGGUACAGCUGGUGUGGAAGAUGAAGGUCAAGGCCUGCCAUUGGCUGGGGCUCAAGAAACGUCAGUGCGCGAGUGAGCACCGCUACAGAGAGUGGAUCUGCGGGCAGUUUCUGGGCUGGAUGUUGAGCGGUUACGUGAUGGGUUUGGUCAAAGCGCUGUUCUACGUCACCGAGAGCAUGGGACAGAAACACACGCUGCGCUUCUACAGAGGGGAAGUGUGGCUCAGACUACAGGAAAUGGCCUUCAGAGCUCAUCUGUCUAAGGGCCAGUGGAGGGCACUGUCUCCAUCUCAGCUGUGUCUGUCUGUCUGUCUGUGUGUGUGUUUCUGUGUGUCUGUGUCUGUGUGUACGCAGAUUUUCCAGAGCGGCGUGCGGCUCCUGCAGAACGUGCUAAGCGUGUGUGUGCGAGAGGCCCCGGGGCCCAUGGGCUCCACCGUCUGGGGCUGGCAGGACAUUCACCGCGUUCUCAAAGAGUUCGGCCCGCAGCAGAAGAGCUCGCCGAGACCGCUGUAUUUCGUCAAGGUGCGUCUGAUGAUUCAGGCCGAGAUGAGCGAGCCGCUCAACAUGAAGGGCUUUGUUGUGGAGGAGCAGGCCGGCGGGACGCUGCAUGACGCCAUCCUCGUGGAGCGGCACUCGUCUGAGGUCCGAGGUGGAGACGUGUUUCAGUUCUUCCAGAAGAUGCUGAGCAGCUACAUCAUCCACCAUGACAAUAAGAUGUUCCGUCAGGUGUGUGGAAUCCCGCAGGGAUCUUCAGUGUCGGCGCUGCUGUGUAACCUGUGUUACGGACACAUGGAGAACUCACUGCUGAAGGGCAUCGCUAAAGGAGGGUGUAUCAUGCGGCUGGUGGAUGAUUUUCUGCUCAUUACGCCUCAUCUGAGCAAAGCCACGGAGUUCCUGACGACGCUGCUGGCUGGCGUUCCCGAUUACGGCUGUCAGAUCAACCCUCAGAAGGUGGCGGUGAACUUCCCGGUGUGUGUGGAGUGGCUGGACUCGGGCGUGAGUGUCCUGCCCUCCUGCUGUCUGUUCCCCUGGUGCGGUCUGCUGCUCGACACACACUCGCUGGACGUCUACAAGGACUACUCAAGGUACGACGGCCUAUCGCUGCGCUACAGCCUGACCCUUGGCUCCGACCACUCGCCAACCGCGGUCAUAAAGAAGCUGCUGUCGGUCCUCAGUCUCAAGUGUACCGACAUCUUUCUGGACCUCAGGAUGAAUUCAGUGGAAGCUGUCUACAGGAGCUUAUAUAAACUGAUUCUGCUGCAGGCGCUCAGGUUUCACGCGUGUGUGAGGAGUUUGCCUCUGGGUCAGAACGUGGAGUCGAACCCGUGUUUCUUCCUGAAGAUGAUCUGGACGAUGGCUCGAGUCACCAACAGACUCAUCAGACACAUCAAUAAAGGUCUGGUUCUGGGUUCUCCGGACGGCGGAGGUCUUCUGCAGCACGAAGCCGUUCAGCUGCUGUUCUGUUUGGCGUUUGAGGUGGUUUUCACGCGGCACCGAUCGCUUUACCGCAGCCUGCUUCCUCCGCUGCACAAACGAAAGCGGCGUCUGGAGCGCGAGCUGCGCGGCAUCAGACUGGCCCGCGUGCGUCAGGCCGCCACUCCCACAAUCCCUCAGGACUUUAAACGCAUCCGGACGUAGAGCGGUGAACGCCCGAGUUUCGCUCCGCAGCAGCUGACUAAACAGAUCCACGCACCUCGUAAAAGCUUGAUGAUUGUCGUUAAAUGGUUGGAGAUAAGAGACGCUCGUAAAACAACGACAGCGUUCAGCAGCUCAGACGCUCAUUUCUGUUGUUGUGCUGCAUGUUUCUGUGAUAUUUGCAUGUUGAUGCAUCUGAACUAUUCAUCUAAAUAAACCUUUAUGUAAAUAAACUAAAAUCUGUUAUUUCAGCACAGAAAAUAAAUUUAGAUCACCA